AUGGCCCCAACGGAAGUUAAAAGGGAAGGUGAUGAUUAUGACAUUCCAAAUGAAGCGGAUGACAUUUGUUUGAUGAAUGAAAGUCGGGCAAAACCUGAUCAUGGUUGCGAAGCUGGUCCGAGCAAUGAAGAAGCAACCAACAUGAACGUUGAAGAUGGCGGAGCCGAUGUGAAAAAAGAAAUGGGAAAGGUCGUUAGUAGGCUGUGGUUGUGUUCAAGGGAAGGUCAGAGAUUACCAAAAUACUUGGACCGUGUUGCUGAGAAGAGUAGAGCUCCCAAGGCACUAACAAGAGUAGGUUGCAAAGCCCAAUUUCGCAUACGGUACGAUGCGGAUGCUGGUGAAGGGAGAAAGUAUGUUGUGACUCACUUCGUCGCAGACCACAACCAUGAAUUGACGGAACAACACUGUGUGAUGUAUCUGAGAUCACAUCGCAGUUUAAACAGCGCUGACAAAGCUCAAGCAAUGGCUAUGCGCAAUGUCGGUGUGAAGACUAGCCAAAUCAUGGACUAUAUGGUAAAUCAGUCCGGGUCUUAUGAGAAUGUUGGUUUCAUCCGCACGGAUCUGCACAACCAUAUUCAAGCCGAACGUAGAGCAGAAGUUGAGGAUGGUGAUGCGCAGGGUGCGUUGGUUUACCUAUGCGCAAAACUUGAUGUUGAUGCACGUUUUUUUUUACAAGCGAUGGGCAAUAAAGCACCUGUGUCCGUACUGACAGAUGGGGAUAAGGCGAUGCGAGAGGCAAUCAGAAGAGUAUUUCCAGACGCAAGACAUCGAUUAUGUAAUUGGCAUCUUGGGAAAAAUGCUGUUUCAAAUGUUCACAUAAGUGGCUUUGCACAUGCUUUCAAGCAGUGCAUGGACAUGGAAACGGAUGAGACAAAGUUUGAGCAUGGCUGGACGACAACGGUCGAAAAAUUUGGACUUCAAACCAAUAGUUGGGUGUUGGAGACAUAUGAGAAGCGUCAUAUGUGGGCUGAGGCAUAUAUGCGUGGACAUUUCUUUGCUGGGAUGAAGAGCACUCAGCGCUCGGAGUGUAUGAAUGCUUAUUUCAAUCCCUUCCUCCAACACAAAUUGAAGCUAUAUGAAUUUGUUAGGCACUAUGAUCGGGCUCUUGCAAGGAUAAGAAUGUUCCGUGAUGAAAUCUUAGAAGAGGGGAAGUUGAAUGUCAAGGACGUGUUCCCUUUGCUGGAUGGUCAGAAAUGCUACUAUAUUCAUAUGUACAAAGUGAAGGACAGAUCAUGGAUAGUAACACACAGUCCAAUGGAUGCUGCAAUGAGAUGUUCUUGCAUGAAGUUUGAGUCGUUGGGGUUACCUUGCUGCCACAUGAUAUGUGUUAUGAAAGCUGAAAAUUUAACGCAAAUUCCCCCAACUUGUGUGCUGCAUAAAUGGACAAGGGUUGCAAGCAAGGAUGGCCAGCAAUGGCCUCAACCCUCAAUUGAUAGCACUACAAUACAGACGGCCCGGUAUGGAAUAUUGAGUUCUUCCUACAACGAAAUGUGUUUCUAUGCCUCGCAAUCAACGGAAGGUUUCAAAGAGGCUAGAGAUCCAUGUCUUCCGAUGACGAUCCGGAUGAAGGAGUUAUAUGAGAGGAAUUUGAACGGUGGGAAUGGAGACAAAGGGAAACAUUCAUUCCGUCGACAAUUUGGAGUAGAAGAUCCUGAUGUUGUGAAGACAAAAGGGAACCCAGGAUGGGCCUCGUCCAACUGUCGAAGACCAAGAAAAUGUGAGAAUUGCAAAUGCAUUGGGCCCACAAAGCGAACGUGUCCUAAGGUUCGGUUUAGCCGAACACUGGGUACUAACUCAGAUGCAGAUACACCCCACAUAACUGACCGUGAGUACAAUGCGGAGUCAUUGCCCGUUCGCUGCAAAACUGGGUUGAUGGAUCCAAGUACACCGCACAUUAAGCAACGACGACUAUUUUUCGAUGUUUCUCCUGAUUCGAAGCAGCCUAUGGGCCAAUACGGUAGUGCUGAAGCAGCAGUGUGGAAAAAUGAUUCGAACACAAUUGAUGAGGUGAAUCAGGUAGACAGUACUAGCUAUUGA